CAGUGGCGGCUUCUUGGCAGGCAGGGCCGCCCAGAUGUUGGUGGCGGCCAUUGGGGCGAAGGUAACGCCGUUUGGCCCGGCGCGGGGGCUGCUGUCAGCGCCAUCCCAGCAGGCCCAUGUGCUCCUGAUCUUUCAAGGGCCGCCCCCAGUCGUUUCUUCUCCUGCCACGCCGCCGCGCCCCCCGCUCCUCGCUCCCCGGGCGGUGACACGCCCUUGGCAGCCUGGCUCCCCGCUCUGUUACGCGCUGGGGCAGAGGCGGGCGGGGCGGGCUGUCUCCUUUUUCCCGGUUCCUCCUCCGCUAACUGGCGUGAAUUGCCACGCCUGCCUUUUCCACUCACCUUGGGCUCUCAUUGGGCCAUCCUUUGGACCUGUAACUUUUGCAAAGGGUUGGGAUCAUCACAGGCGACGGCUUGCGGGUAGACAUUCCUUCUCUUACCUGGAAUCUUAGACAGAUCAUUUCUAAAAUGGUUUCAAGUGUGACUUGUGGGGAUUGAUGCCUGACUACUCAUACCCGCAGGAGAGAGAAAACUUCUAAAAUGUCAUGUCACUCCUGGAGAUUAAAGACAUUUGUGAAUGAACUUGAUA